AUGAGAGAUGGACGCCCCGGAAGAGUUCAAGCAGACACAUCUCUAACAACUACUGAAGCCUCAUCUACUACUACAGCUCCUGUAACCACCACAGCACUGACUACUACUGCUGUAGCUUCAACAACUACAGAAGCCUCAACUACUACUACACCUCCUGAAACCACCACAGCACUGACUACUACUGCUGUUCCUACUACUACUGUAGCUUCAACAACUACUGAAGCCUCAACUACUACUACACCUCCUGAAACCACCACAGCACUGACUACUACUGCUGCUGAAACCACCACAGCACUGACUACUACUGCUGCUGAAACCACCACAGCAUUGACUACUACUGCUCCUGAAACUACCACAGCACCAACUACUACUACACCUCCUGAAACCACCACAGCACUGACUACUACUGCUGUUCCUACUACUACUGUAACUCCAACAACUACUGAAGCCUCAACUACUACUACACCUCCUGAAACCACCACAGCACUGACUACUACGGCUGUUCCUACUACUACUGUAGCUUCAACAACUACUGAAGCCUCAACUACUACUACUACUACACCUCCUGAAACCACAACAGCACUGACUAGUACUGCUGUUCCUACUACUACUGUAGCUUCAACAACUACUGAAGCCUCAACUACUACUACACCUCCUGUAACUACCACAACAACAACUACAACUGCUGUUCCUACUACUACUGUAGCUUCAACAACUACUGAAGCCUCAACUACUACUACUACACCUCCUGAAACCACCACAGCACUGACUAGUACUGCUGUUCCUACUACUACUGUAGCUUCAACAACUACUGAAGCCUCAACUACUACUACACCUCCUGUAACCACCACAACAACAACUACUACUGCUGUUCCUACUACCACUAUAUUGCCAACUACGACUGCACCUAUUACUACUACAAUACCACCAACUACCACGCAGCAAACUACUACUGAGACUACUACAGCUUCUGUUACCACUACGACACCAACUACUACUGUUGUAUCUACAACUACAAGUUCACCAUCUACCACUAUAACUUUUACUACAACUCCUUUGGCUUCAACUACUUCUUCAGCGUCCACUACCACUUCAACACCAACAACCAUUGCAGGUACAACGUCUGUUGCUUCAACUACUUCUGCACCAGCUACAACUACAUCAACUCUAGUUAGUUCUACAACUUCAACAACUACUUCAUCAACUACUUCUGCAGUUCCAACUACUACUACAGGUCCCACUACCACUACAGUAACACCUACUACUGUUGUCCCUACUACAACUGCAGGUACAACUGCUGUUGCUUCAACUACUUCUGCACCAGCUACAACUACAUCAACUCCAAUUAGUACUACAACUGCAGCAGCCACUACAUCAACCAUUUCUGCUGUUGUAACUACUACUACAGGUCCCACUACCACUACAGUAACACCUACUACUGUUGUCCCUACUACCACUGCAAUGCUAACCACCACUGAAGCCCCCACUACUACAACUUCACCAUCUACCACUAUAACGUUUACUACAACUCCUUUGGCUUCAACUACUUCUUCAGCUUCCACUACCACUUCAACACCAACUACCACUGCAGGUACAAUUUCUGCUGCUUCAACUACUUCUGCAGCAACAACAUCAACUCCAGUUAGUACUACAACUUCAACAACCACUACAUCAACUACUUCUGCAGUUCCAACUACUACUACAGGCCCCACUACCACUACAGUAACAACUACUACUGUUGUCCCUACUACAACUGCAAUGCCAACCACCACUGAAGCCCCCACUCCUACAACUUCACCAUCUACCACUAUAACUUUUACUACAACUCCUUUGGCUUCAACUACUUCUUCAGCUUCCAUUACCACUUCAACACCAGCAACCACUGCAGGUACAAUAUCUGUUGCUUCAACUACUUCUGCACCAGCUACAACUACAUCAACUCUAGUUAGUUCUACAACUUCAACAACUACUUCAUCAACUACUUCUGCAGUUCCAACUACUACUACAGGUCCCGCUACCACUACAAACUCCGUUGGCUUCAACUACUUCUUCAGCUUCCACUACCACUUCAACACCAACAACCACUGCAGGUACAAUGUCUGUUGCUUCAACUACUUCUGCACCAACUACAUCAACUCCAGUACCACUACCACUACAAUAACACCUACUACUAUUGUCCCUACUACAACUGCAAUGCCCACCACCACUGAAGCCCAAACUACUACAACUUCACCAUCUACCACUAUAACUUUUACUACAACUCCUUUGGCUUCAACUACUUCUUCAUCUUCCACUACCACUUCAACACCAACAACCACUGCAGGUUCAAUGUCUGCUACUUCAACUACUUCUGCAGCAGCCACAACUACAUCAACUCCAAUUAGUACUACAACUUCACCAACCACUGCAUCAACUACUUCUACUGUUCCAACUACUACUUCAGGUCCCACUACCACCACAGUAACACCUACUACUGUUGUCCCUGCUACAACUACAAUGCCGACCACCACUGAAGCCCCCACUACUACAACUUCACCAUCUACCACUAUAACUUUUACUACAACUACUUUGGCUUCAACUACUUCUACUACUACUUCAUCUUCCAAUACCACUUCAGCACCAACAAACACUGCAGCAACAUCAUCUACAACAUCCACAAGUCCUGGAGUUAAUGGAGGCUCUUCCUCUACUACAGCAACCACAACCACCAUGUCCACUACAACCACAACCUCUGGACCCACCAGUACGACCACAUUGACUACCACCAAAGGACAGACAAAUGCUGCCGCCCAAGUGGAUCCUUAG